GUUUUGUAUUAAUGUUGCGGAUUUUUUUACUCUGUUUUAAAUUUGUGUUUGCGUUGUAGAGUUUUGUAUUAAUGUUGCGGAAUUAAAUUUCGUGAAAGCGUCACGCGUUGUGUGACUUUCACGAAUUAAUGUUUGCUUUUCUGAGACGUGAGCUUGGUAACCUGUGACCUUACAGCUGUGGUUUCAACCAGACAGACUUGUCAAGCUUUGAUUCUUUGUUCAGGUAAGUGUCAGGCCUAUUUUCAUCGCAGGUUUUAACUUUUUUUUGUGUUGUUUUAUCAACUCCUUUUCAUAAGUACCUUCAGUUUUCCAUGACAUUAAUGAUCAUCAAAGUUUUCAUUCAAGUGGGUCCGCGUGCGUCAAUGAAGAGAAAAAUAUAACUUGAAUUCUUAGCCAAAAUGGAACGUUAUUACGUAUUUUACGUUUCCGAUUAUUUGAUACACCCCUUAUAGAAAGGUCAACCGUUUCCAUUUUAUUUUGGAACGAAUGAUAAGAAUAUCGAUGCAAUUCAUGCCACGUGACUCGACGUCUGACGGUUGAAAAUGACUCGGUCGUAAAUUUUCUCUCUUUACGUUGUUCUAAUUGAAGUCUAUGUACUUCAAACAAAGCCUUUAGGGUGUGUGUUGUUUAGUUUGUCGACUAUUUAUUGCGGUUGGGGAGUAUUUAUUAAAUGAAUGGCACUCGCCAUUACAUAAUUUUAAUCAGGAGUCAAACAACGUAGCCAAGUGAAGCAUUGUGGGUAGUUUGGAAACGGAAGAAGUUGUACUUUACGAAGUGAAGGUCGAUAAGGAACUAGAAGCUUGUAGUAAUUUUUUUUUCUUUACCGACUAUCUUCUUUAUUAGGCCAAAACACACAUAUAGCCCAAGUUUGGUUGACUCACUGCGUAACCACACGUUAAUAGCUGCCCAAAUUGCUCAUCUUAGGUAUGAAAAACUAAAGAGGGACAGAAACCAACCAAAUAUAUGUUGAAAUCAAGUAAAAAAAAACAAAACAAAAGGGAAAUGAGCACCCAUUAAAAAAGAGCUCUUGAUUGUUAAACAAAUUCUCCUUGUCAGUACACAGCAAAGUGUACAGAGAACAGUAUAGAGAAUAUUCACACUGAUGAUGGGGUGUAAAGGGUUAAGUGAAUUAUCUUCUUCUGUCACCAGUCAGGACCUCAGUUACCAUGUCACUUUUCCGACAAAGAUCAACAUCAUGUAGCCGUUUGAAGGAGAUAUUUCUAUGUCCUAGAAGUUCCAGGUAAAUUCCCUAACCCUAAGCAAUUUUUUUUCAAAUCAAUUUAUCAAAACUUUGUUGCUCACCUCUGUGAUAACUACCCUGUGUUCUAAUGCAGGAUAUUUUACUUUUACAGUGCCCCUUUACAUCAAUGAUUAUGAAAAUUAAAUGGUUGUUGGCAAAGUGUUGGGAAAAUGAUUUUCCCAACACUUUGUGAAUAAAUAUCUAUUCACUUUGUGAAUAAAUAUCUGGCUGAAUCAUUGUGUUGUGAGUUUUUGGGCAAGAUACACUUUUUCACUUUAGCUCUCUUCACCCAGGAGUUAACCCUGUAACUCCCCAGAUCUGAUUGUUAAUUCUCCCUGUAGUUGCUACACAUUUCCUUGUAAAUAAGUUAUGAGAACUUGGUGCUAGAUCAAGAUAGCAGCUUCUACCUGAUAAGUUUGAAUAUUCUCAUUACCUGUUUGCUGAAGAAUGUAUGGAUAUUGAAGGGAGAAGUUUUAUGUUAAUCACCUCUGGGAGUUAAAGGGUUAAACUGGGUACUGGCGAUAUUUGAGGGGCAGGAGGGGAAGAAUUAAUACUCUUUGUCACUUUAAAUAAUGGAAACCAAGUUAAGCUUCGGCUGGAGAAGCUGCUUGGCCCAAGUUCAUACUUGCACUUCUGUACUCUUUCCUGAUUUUUUCUUAACAGCUGGACAUACUCUGAUUCAUAUUAUUUUUAUCUCUUAUUGUCAGUGGUUGGUUGAGAACAAAUGUAACACAACCUAAAAGAAAGAUAAGUUCUAAUGCAGCAUACUUGACAAGAUCUCGAUACUAUUCAGCCAUUGGUACCUUGGUAGGGACUCUGACUGGAGUUGGACUCAUCCUCAAUAAACAAAAGGUGGAUAGACUAUGAUUAUUGGCUCAAUUUAAGUCAAUAACAUAAUCAUUAUCAUAAAAAUUAUUGUUAUACUGGUAAUGAUAAUCAUUACCAGUACAAUAAUUUUUAUGAUAAUAAAAUCAGGGAGCUGCAGCCUAGUGUUGUCAUAAGAAGCUAGUAAUGGAAACCUGCUGGCUGUUGGACCAUUUUGCUCUGGCUACUUUGUCAAUUGUGAUUGAAGACACAAACCUAGUAUUUUUAACUGGUUCUAUCAUGAUAUCUGGCUAAAAAAAAUUACAUAUUAAUAUAUCCCAGAAUGCUGGAAAUAACAUCUCAGAGAGUUUCAAAUUUCAUAUUUUCCAGGGUGAGAUUCUCCCCAGACCAUCCAGAAAAGACCUGUUGCUUUGCAACAUGCUUUGCUAGCUACACAAGCAUAAUUCAACUCAUUCACUCUGAUGAAGGGCUAAGGACUAAUGCUCAAAAUGUCACAUCUUAAACUCUUAAUGGUGGCCAAUUCAGGUUGUCAGUUCAAUUGAUAAUACCAAAUCACCUUGUUGUACUCUCCUACCAAUGCAGCACCACAGUUUCUUUCAUUAGAAACUUGUCCUCUUUAUAAUUAACUCAGCCAAGUAUUCAGUUCAAAUCAUAAAUUUCCUACACUUUCUAAUGACAACUCUGCAGCAGCAUAGCAGUUAGCACUGGAUAUGCUUUGAAGAGAUGAAGUUGCGAGACUUAGCAGGGUCAUUUUAUUUUGUGACAUGGGCAUUCUGGCAUAAAUCUUUACAUAUUUUUUCCACAGAUUUCUCAAGCUAAAGAAGCAGCAAAGUCCCUUGGUCAACUAUCACAGGACAAAGAUCCUGUUUAUUCCACAGAAGAGGUUUCUCAACACAACAGCCAUGAAAAAGGAAUCUGGGUGACCUACAAAGGAAGUGUGUAUGAUAUUACAGACUUUGUUGCUAACCAUCCUGGAGGGUCAGAAAAGAUCAUCUUAGCUGCUGGCGGAGCUCUGGAACCAUUCUGGGCUCUUUAUGCCGUGCACAAGAAUGAACAUGUGUUGGAACUUUUGGCAGAAUAUCGCAUUGGUUCUUUGUCCAAAGAUGAAAGCUCUAUUGAAGCUGUAGAUAUCAAAGUACGUAGAAAAUAUGUGGAAGGAUAUAUUGAUCAUGAUGUGAACUUGAAUUUAACACAGCCCAUGUCAAAGAAGCUUCAUACUUUUUGCCCAGUUGUUAAGUAAUAUAAUAUUGUACGUAUUAAGCCAUCUUCACUCCUGCUGGUGAGCAUAGGGGAUUGACCAUAAAUCUCUACCAGACCCUGUUUUUGGCUAAAUAUUGUAUAAACAAUCAAAAAUUCAGAGUUUAAGGGAUCACUUCACCAAAUGAGUGAAAAUAAGAUUUUGUAGUGUUUUUCAUUUUCCAACUUCCUGAAAUGCAUCAGUCUGGACAGUGGUUAAUAUGAAAAGUGAAAAACCUAGAAUUUCCCCACAGAGAAAAAACAGGAAAACUCUAUAGCAUAUUAUCCAGACACUUGUGCUUAAUUCUGUGGUUCAAAGCUGAAUUUUUAAUUGCUACAGUUGGCCUAUUUAUGUGUGCAUGCAGAUAACUGAUAGUUACAUCACUGUGUAUUAUUAGGAUCCUUACAUAACUGAUCCACCUCGUCAUCCUGCCUUGAAGGUCAACACUAAGAAACCUUUCAAUGCUGAGCCACCUUUGCAGCUCCUGUCAGACAAUCUCAUCACCCCUAAUGAGAUCUUUUUCAUUCGCAAUCAUCUUCCAGUUCCAGACAUUGAUGAAACCAAGUAUGAGUUAGAGAUUACUGGUGAAGGAAUUAAACCUGUGAUGCUCUCUCUUGAGGUAAUUUGCAGAUUAAUUCAAUGAUCAGUUUCCACAAUGUGACUUAAAACAGUAACCCAACAAGAAAAUGAAGGGGUGUCUUGAAUAAGUUUUGAUGCAAUGUCACCUUCUCCCUCUGGUUGACAUUGGAAAACAGGAAAAUUUGUUAAGAGAAUCCAGUACUCUGUAGAAAGUCACCAAGAGUGCUUUUCCAUGUGUGUCCACUUGACUCUAGUGUCCUUCACAGCCUUUCUUUGGGAUGACACACAGCACUCACCCCACUUGAGAGCAUUGCGUCUUCCCUUAGCUCACUGAUAACAGCUCUAUCCAUGCUGUACAAUCAACUGCCUUCAGUUGGUGAAAAAGAAACAAAUUGUGGAGGAUAUAGAGAUCUGACCCUUCCCUGUUAUUAUCAACAUAGCAAGCCCUUAAAUACAGAGAAGAUGCUGUUGUGGGACUUCUCUCCACCUUAUCUGAAACCUUCCCCCACCACCCCUUCUCUCUUUACUGGGAUAUCCUAUGCAUACCCCAUGUUACAAUUUUUUUUUACCCUGGAGUGGAAAAAAUUGUCUUAGCUCUUUACACCCUAAUAUCAGUAUCCACAUUCUCCGUACUCUUCUCAGUACAUUUCUCUUUUACUGACAAGGAGAAUUUGUUUAACAAUCAAAGCUUAUUAGGUUGAUGAUCAUUUCCUUUAUUCUCAUUAUCUAAGUGAAUGAUUCAGCAAUAUUACUGUAAGGAGAAACUAGAUGCUAGUCUCUCUUAAGUUUUAAAGGGGUUAAAGUAGUUCUGCAGGCUUGUUUCUUAUUUUCGAUCAAUUAAAACAGUGUUCUGAUUUUUUUUAGGACUUAAAGACCAAGUUUCCGAAGCGUAGAGUAACUGCAACAAUGCAAUGCGCAGGGAACAGAAGAAGUGAAAUGAAUCGGAUUAAACUGGUGAAAGGCCUUAACUGGGGAGCAGCAGCUAUUAGCACUGCUGAGUGGACAGGAGUUCUCUUGAAAGAUGUAUUGAGGUAUUAUGUCAUGAAGAAUUCUUUAGAAAAUUGUGCUCGCGUGGGAGGACGUGAGUCUCGAGAACAAUUACUCACUCCAACAUCAGACGGAUAGGAGACGCGGUAGCGUGAUGGUAGACCUCAGGGGGAGGGGGUACCUGGGUCAAUAAUUGCAUGGUAUGUGCUCCUGGCCUCUCAGAACAUCUUCCCUAUCAUAGCCUAUUCUGUGACCGAUUAUAGAUCCCAUCUUAGUCACUUUGGGCACAUAAAACUACAUUUAAACUGCAAUUCUUCCCAAUUUUGAAUCUCUAGUUACCACAAUUUUCCUAAUGAGGACCCCAGUCUAGUAACUCUACUGAAAAUACAACCCAAUUAAAAACAAUUUCUACCUGAUAAGUUUGAGUAUUCUCAUUACCUGUUUGCCGGAUCAUGCAUGGAUAUUAUAGGGAGAAGUUACUUGUUAAUCACCUCUGGGAGUUAAUCAACUUAGAGUACUAUUUGAUCAGCGACAAAAAUCAUAUCUCUUAUUUCUGCUGUCUUUUCAUAAUUUUUUUUAAAAUAAAUUUCAAUUUCAUUUGAUUUUGAUUUACAAUUUCCUUUCAUCCUUAAAAAAAGGCGUAACCUUUAUAAUUUUAUGUACAUAACUUCCUUCCAACCUUGAUUUGGAGUGUCAGUCCAAGAUGCUGCCUGAACUUGUGAAGUACUCACACUUGACCAGACAGCGACAGCGAAUAGUUAUUUUUGUAGCGGCUAAAACAGAUGAUAGCGUUGAAAGUGAGCUCUGAUCGGCUACUCGAACUCCGAAUACCCCUCGCUUUUUACCUUCGAGCAACUCCACUUCGUUGAAUAAAUAUUAACUGUUCAUCGCAUUAUAAUUUUCCUUCGUUUUGGUCGCUAUUUUUAGGUACGCGGGAGUCGAUGAAGCAUCUGUUCAGAAAAAUGGGGUACAACACAUUCAAUUUGAAGGAGCUGAUCAUGACAUAACCGGCUCUACCUAUGGGGCCUCUAUACCCGUGGACAGUGCGCUUUCUUCAGAAAGAGACGUACUUGUAGCUUACGAAAUGAACGGGGUUCCUAUUCCCAGGGAUCACGGCUUCCCCGUACGACUUGUAGCACCGGGGGUUGUGGGUGCCCGUAACGUAAAAUGGUUGAAGAAGAUUGUAUCCAGUAAAGAAGAAAGCUCGAGCCAUUGGCAGCAGAAUGAUUACAAGGGAUUCUCCCCGACAGUUGACUGGGAUACCGUCGACUUUAAGUCUGCACCCGCCAUUCAGGAGUUGCCUGUUACCUCAGCCAUCUGUGAACCAGCAGAAGGUGCCAUCGUCUCGGCGAAUGACGAAGAAAUCUCACUCAAAGGGUAUGCAUGGAGUGGCGGAGGUAAAGGCGUUGUUCGAGUAGACGUGUCACUGGAUGGCGGUAAAACAUGGCACGUUGCUAACCUAGAUGGAGAGGACAAGCUUCAUCGAGCGUGGGCCUGGAAACUGUGGAAUGCUACUCUGCCCCUGCCAGAAGGGAAGGACGCCCUGCAGAUCUGUGUCAAAGCUGUAGACUCGUCCUACAACUCACAACCCGACAGUGUUGCUCCCAUUUGGAACUUACGAGGAGUGUUGUCCAACGCUUGGCAUAGAGUUAAUAUCACAGUCAAACAGGAUUCGCAGGAAUAGGAGAAUGAUGAUGGAUAGCACUGGACCUACAGAAACGUCACCCGGUCGUCGAUAAUGAAAACAAUAGCAGAUUUUGUAUUUUUUUUUCUCAAUUCUUUUGCGUUUCUUGGUAGUGCUCGGUAGCUCUUCAUGUCUACUCUUACGUUGAAAUGUAAAUACCAGGCUGUCGAAAAGCUGCCAGAUCUUAACCCAGUUUCGACAUCUUACGAACAGGUCCUCUUUAAUGCGAGCGUUACAAUGCUGAGUUGUCCCAACUGGAAAUAAUAAUUUAUUACUUAUAUAGCGCAAAAUACAUGUGGAUAUGAUCUAAUGCGCUAGUAAAUUUAACCUUUCUGGUAUCGAGAACUUUAUUAUCAUCGUUGUAAUCACUAUCCGGUCUGUUUUAGCGUGUGUGUGCGUGUUUUUUUUUUUUUUCGUCGAAGGUUGAAGGAAAACUUUAAAAGUCCUGGAAGACUACAUUCUUUCAAUCCAGGCCUAUUGAAUUUGAAUAUGGGGCAUAGGAAGAGGCUUAUUGACUGAUUUAUUUUUUUCAGUGAACAUCCAAAUAGAAAAUAAUUUGUCGUAGACAUUGUUUUGUCAUAAUACUGGAAACAACUUCCUGGUCUUGGGUCAUAGUAAACAAUUUACAAAAGUUCCAGUUAGUAGUCUGAGAAUUUUAUAUUUUCAAAAGAGUAC